UCCAAACAAGCUCUUAAACCUUCUAACUCACUUAAUGCCACAUGCCGCGUUGCAUCUCGAACAAUGCGGUGAUGUGUCGCACCCUGUGGCCAGAACCAGCAGUUCUUCCCGGAACUGUUGUUGCCCUGCAAUCUAAUUCUAACCAGAACUACAGCGGAAUAAUGUUCGUCUCAAGAUCCUUGAUGAAGAAUAAGUCUGUUAUUUUUCAGUAUUGCAUAUUCAAUGUUGCGCGGAAAGGACAUCUCGCGAGAUUGUUGUCAACCGAUGGAAUAUUAUCCGAGGAAAAAUAUCUAAAGACAACGGAGAAAAAUGGGGUGAGAACUAUUCGAUUGAAUAAUUCUUUGUCGCGCAAUGCGCUAUCUCUGGAGAUGCUGAAGACCCUGGUCAAAGAGAUUAAGAGAGACGAGAAUAAUAAGGAUUUUCGAUCGAUUGUAAUAACAUCGGAACCAGGGAAAGUGUUUUCCGCCGGACAUGAUUUAAAAGAAUUGGUUUAUACAAACACCAAACUGCACACGGAGAUAUUCGAAACCUGUUCGGAACUGAUGCGAGUUAUCAUUCAAUCUCCGGUACCAGUUAUAGCAGCGGUAGAUGGUUUAGCAGUCGCGGCCGGUUGUCAAUUAGUUGCGGCGUGUGACAUCGCUAUAUGCACGGAAAGAAGUUCGUUCUCUACACCAGGAGCAAAUGUUGGAAUAUUCUGCUCAACACCUGGUAUACCAUUGGUGCGUAACGUUCCAAGGAAGACCGCGAUGUAUAUGUUGUUCACGGGAUUUCCUAUUUCCGGCAGAGAAGCUUACGAGUGCGGUCUUGUUAGCAAAGUCGUGCCAAAUAAUAAACUCGACGAGGAAACCAGUCGAAUUACAAAUGCAAUCAAUACAAAGAGUCGUUCAGUCAUACACAUUGGCAAAAUGUUCUUGUAUGAACAAAUAGAUCUCGAUAUAUUGACGGCUUAUUUUCGGGGCGCUGAAACAAUGGUGAAGAAUCUGAAAAUGAGAGAUACGCAGGAGGGAAUACGAAGCUUCUUAGAAAAGAAGAAGGCUAUUUGGACGCAUAACUACGAGAACAACUGAUAAAAUUGGAAAUUUCUUUUUAUUUAAAAGGAAAAGAAUCAAAGAGAACCUACGGCUCUCCAAGCUGGCGGUGGACAAUCAAACAAUUUAUAACGCAUUGUAUUCUGAAUUGUUUUCUCUUUUUGUAUGACGUUUAAGACGUAUAAGAUUACAACAUUUCAAA